AAAUUGUCUGUCAGAGGAAAUUCACGCGCUUGUUUUUCACCACCACGAUUCGCUCCGCCUGCAAUCGUGUUGUCAAGAAUAAAUCAUUUUUUGUCCCAGUGAAAAAUUAUUAUUUCUCUAAAAAUCCAUAGAGAAUAGCUUCAAAAUGUCCUUUGUGAAUAGAUUAAUGCUACGGCCACUCAUUCAGGCCUCUCGAGCGAUUCAUUCAACUGCAUCAGCCAAUAAUGCUAGUUCAACAACUAAACCGGAAAAGCGCAUCAAGUGUACUAUGAUUCCGGGAGACGGAGUGGGUCCAGAACUAAUGUACUCGGUGCAGGAAGUUUUCAAGGCAGCCGAUGUACCGGUGGAUUUUGAAACAUACUUCCUUUCGGAAGUAAAUCCCCUUCUUAGUGCCCCACUUGAGAAUGUAACAGCUUCAAUUAAUAAGAACAAAAUCUGCCUAAAAGGAAUCCUUGGGACACCUGAUUACAGUCGCACUGGAGAGUUGCAGACACUCAACAUGAAGCUACGAAAUGAGCUUGAUCUCUAUGCCAAUGUGGUGCACGUACGGAGUCUACCAGGGGUCCGUAGUCGUCAUCAGAAUAUUGAUUGCACGAUUAUUCGAGAGCAAACCGAGGGAGAAUACUCUGCCCUGGAGCACGAAUCUGUGGCUGGUGUAGUGGAAUGUCUCAAAAUUAUCACAGCUAAAAAGUCUCUGCGAAUUGCAAAAUUCGCAUUUGACUAUGCUACAAAGAAUAACCGCAAGAAGGUUACUUGUGUCCACAAGGCAAAUAUCAUGAAAUUAGGCGAUGGUCUGUUCCUCAGGAGUUGCGAGGAGAUGUCCAAACUCUAUCCGAGAAUUCAAUUUGAAAAAAUGAUUGUUGACAACACCACAAUGCAGAUGGUGUCUAAUCCUCAUCAAUUUGACGUGAUGGUCACACCAAAUCUCUACGGUAAUAUCCUGGAUAAUAUUGCUUCUGGACUUGUUGGUGGAGCGGGAGUUGUGGCAGGUGCUUCCUACUCAUCCGACCACGUUGUCUUUGAACCGGGAGCAAGACACACGUUCUCGGAGGCUGUGGGCAAGAAUGUUGCCAAUCCCACUGCAAUGCUCCUAUGUGCCGCCAAAAUGCUGAGGCAUGUCAAUUUGCAACCGUACAGUGAGCUCAUUUUGAAUGCAGUCUCAUCAGUACUCAAGGCAGGAAAGGUACGCACCAAAGAUCUUGGCGGGCAGUCCACCACUAAUGAAUUCACCUAUGCCGUGAUUGCAAAUUUGGGUUAGAGGUCACGAAAACCCAUCCGAGACACGGUCAGCAUUAGUGAGAAAAAAAUUACCAAAAGUGAAAGUAUAAAACAUCUAUCUCUGUUGAUCAAUGGUCGAAUAAUAUUUAUUUAAUUGUUGACGAUUUACUAUAAGAGUAUUGAUUUGUAUUGCUGCCACCCCAUAUUUAUUUAUUCAACUCUUCUUCAGUCUUAAAACAGGAAAAUUAUGGAAAAUAUGCAGUAAUAAAUCACCCUACGUUGUUAAAAAAAA